AUGGAAGACGAGCGCCUUCCAGAAGCCGAUGCACGUGAUACAAUGGUUAACACAAAUGCAUCAACAAAUAUCGCUGGUAUUACUAGCACCAUACCCAUUGCAAAUAAUAUUACUAACGUAAACAGUACGCAUACAUCAAUGGAUUCAUCGACAAAAUCAUUGAGUCCACAAUCGGCAGUACGAACAGUUGUGAAAAGUCGGUGCCGAUCACCAAUAUACAAACUGCAUAAUGGUGCCGGAUCGAUCGAUAUGCCGAUAGCUGGUUUACCGCUCGGUAUCGGUUUCUUUUUUGUAUUUAGAAGAUUUUAG